GAAGUUGUUUCCAUGUGCUGUUUAGUAAUGGCGGAUAGAAUUCUGAUCACUCACCGAGAUUUGGAAGCCAAAACAAAACAGUUUUAGUCAAGUUAUAUAUCUUGUGUGAAAUUAUCAAGAUGGGACUUGUAAAGACAUAUCAACGAUACAGUAUUAUUUCACAGUUUGGUGUUAUUGGUAGCAGCAAAUCAAAUGCAAUAUUAUUCGAGAAAAUUGCAAACCGGCCUAUUAGGGCACCAACAGAGCCCAACGUGCCAUACUGUGCUGCUACUGCAGCUAACGAAGAUGUUAUUAUUUGGGACAUGAGAAAAGGAGAACAGAUUUUGGUUCUGCGUGGUGAAAAACAUGAAGUUACAUCAAUCACGAAAUCUCAUGGAGGGAAACUUCUUGCAACAGGAUAUGCUGAUGGAGCAAUUAAAAUCUGGGAUCUUAGAAAUGGAAGCAACACUGUAACUCUGAGUGGACACAAGUCUGCAAUAACCUCUCUAGCAUUUGAUGCUCUUGGCUCACGACUUGUUUCUGGAGCAAGGGAUACGGAUGUAAUAGUAUGGGAUGUGGUCAAUGAGUGUGGGCUAUAUAGACUAAAAGGACAUAAGGGAGAUAUAACAAAAUGCAUUUUCUUGAAAAAGUCCAAUGUACUGGCUACAAGCUCGAAAGACACUCUCAUAAAACUUUGGGAUUUAGAUACCCAGCAUUGCUUUCUUACAUUGGUAGGGCACAGAAGUGAGGUUUGGAGCUUCAUUAUCACAAAGGAAGAAUCAAGAUUGAUUGCUGGAUCCUCAGACAGUGAACUUAGAAUAUGGGAUAUUGAAAAGAAUGAUAAGGACGAAGUUUCUUCAAUACAACAAAGCCAGAAACGAAAGGCAAAUGAAUCAAUUAUAGAUGGAAGUGACAAUGAAGAAGCUCUAGAAGAUGAGAGACUAGGUCCUUUGAAAUGCAAAUAUUUAGGAUCGAUCAUGCGAGAGAGUAGAGACCGUGUCGCUGGAAUCAUAGUUGACCAAUCAGAACGAUACAUUGCAUGUCAUGGGACCGACAAUCUUCUUGAAGUGUUCAGGAUUUGUACACAAGACGAAAUAGCAAAACAAAUAAAAAAGAAGACGAAAAAGCUAAAGAAAAAAUUGGGUGAUAAACCUGAUGCAGAUCAAGAAAAGGAGAUAGUUGUCCAUCAAACGUUGGAAGACGAAAUACAACGGAUUCAUACUUACAAAAUGAAAUCUAAAAUCAGGUCUUGUGAUAUCGCGGUUGAUGGAUCGAAAGAACUAAAAGUUCUCAUGCUGUUCAAUAAUAAUUCGAUUGGCCUCUACAAGGUCGAUCAAAGACAGACCUCAGAUUGUACGAAUAUGUCCCUUAUUACAGGCCCUGGACAUCGAUCAGACCCAAGGACCGUAUGUUUCAAUACAGAUGGCACUUGCAUUCUAAGUGGAUCUGCAGAAGGGGUGAAAAUCUGGAACAGAUCAUCUCGAAAAUGCAUUCGCACAUUUGAAUCUGAGUACUCCUUGUGUUCAUUUUUUGUUCCUGGUGAUCGGCAUGCUGUUGUUGGUACCAAGACUGGUAAGCUAGAGCUGUUUGACAUUGCGGCGGGUGUUACCUUGGAAACUGUCGCCGCCCAUGAGGCAGCUAUUUGGGGAUUAACACUUGCGCCAGAUAAGAAAGGCUUUGUUUCUGGAAGUGCAGAUCAUGAAGUGAAGUUCUGGGAAUUCGAGCUUAUCGACGACUCAGAGUAUUCGAAAACUGCCAAGAGAUUAAGCAUGAUACAUACUCGCACCUUGAAAAUGUCUGAAGACGUUCUUGCGGUAAAGUACAGCCCUGAUCAACGUCUGUUGGCUGUUUCUCUUUUGGACAGUACUGUUAAAGUCUUCUUUUCUGACACGCUCAAGUUCUUUCUAUCGCUGUAUGGUCAUAAACUUCCAGUCUUGUGUAUGGACAUUUCGUCGGAUAGCAACUUAAUCAUAACUGGCUCGUCAGACAAAAAUAUAAAGAUAUGGGGACUUGACUUUGGCGACUGUCACAAAUCGAUCUUUGCCCAUGAUGACAGUGUCAUGGAUAUGAAAUUUGUUCCACGUACCCACUAUUUCUUUUCUGUGAGUAAAGACAGGACGGUUAAGUAUUGGGAUGCUGACAAAUACGAGAAUAUCAUGGUCUUACAGGGACAUCAAGCAGAAGUUUGGUGUUUAGCCAUCAGUAGAUGUGGAUACUUUGUGGUUUCUGGAUCCCACGACAAGUCUUUGAGAUUAUGGGAAAGAACAGAGGAACUCCUUGUUGUUGAAGAGGAACGUGAGCAGGAACGUGAAGCAGAGUUCGAGAAAAGUUUAGCAGAAGGCGGUGAACCUGUUAUCCCUGGAGAAAAAGAAGCAGAGGCUGGUUUUGCAGGGAAAAAGACCCUUGAGACCAUGAAAGGGGCAGAACGGAUAAUGGAGGCCAUAGAAUUAUUUAAGGAAGAACAAUUCAAAAUUGAUGAGCACCAAAAGCAGUGUGAGCUCACUGGAAAGGAGAUCCCUCCUCCACAGAUGAAUCCCAUUCUCAAGGCAUACGGAAGCGUUGCUCCUCGACGAUACGUGCUAGACAUAGUAAGAAAAGUCAAAUCGAGUGAAUUGGAGGAGUCCUUGCUUGUCUUGCCUUUUUCAUAUGUCAUUGACCUCUUGAAACUGAUCAACAAUUGGAUCAUGAAUUCCUGGGAAAUCGAAUUGUGUGCCCGUUGCCUGUUCUUUCUGCUUAGGGUGCAUCAUAACCAAAUUGUCACAUCCCAAGUUCUUUUAGACACCAUAGAUGCUUCUCGCAAACUUGUAACCACCAAACUCAGAGAAAGAAAGGAUCAAAUUGGUUUUAACAUUGCCGGACUUAAGUUCAUUCAGUCAGAAAUGGAAGCUAACAGCACGGUGUUCUUCGAGGAUGUUACUGAGAAACUAAGAAAGAAGAAAAAGAAGAAAGUCAUUAUGGCGUACACUUGAAACAAAGAUCCCAUUUUGGAGAAUCGUGAGCGCUGAACUGUGUCCCAGUCAACAUUGUUUCAAAAGAAGGGGAUGAUGUAAUUGGAAUAUGCAAGUUAGUUGCCUCGACUUUUUUGCAAGGAUGAUAAAUUUAUAUUGCUUGUGCAAGCAAUGCUUUGUAAGAGUUUUUGUUUUCUAUAUAGGGCUUUCAUGAG